CAGUUUCUUUCAUCACACAAGACACAAAACCCACAGAGAGAGAGAGAGGGAGGCGAUGGAGAAGGAAAGGGACAAUCAGGUUUACUUGGCGAGACUGGCCGAGCAAGCCGAGAGAUACGAUGAGAUGGUUGAAGCGAUGAAGAAAGUUGCGCAGCUCGAUGUGGAACUCACGAUCGAAGAGAGGAAUCUGUUGUCCGUGGGUUACAAGAAUGUUAUCGGUGCCAGAAGAGCGUCUUGGAGGAUACUCUCUUCGAUCGAGCAGAAGGAAGAUGCAAAGGGAAACGAGCAGAAUGUGAAGAGGAUCAGCGAUUACAGGCAAAGGGUCGAACACGAACUCUCCAAGAUCUGCAAUGACAUUUUGGCUGUCAUCGAUAAGCAUCUCAUCCCGUCCGCUACCUCUGGAGAGUCCACCGUUUUCUACUACAAGAUGAAAGGAGAUUACUUCCGCUACUUGGCAGAGUUUAAAUCUGGCGAUGAUCGUAAGGAGGCUGCCGAUCAAUCACUCAAAGCCUACGAGGCUGCAUCCACUACUGCCAACUCUGAUCUGGCUCCCACUCAUCCAAUCAGACUCGGCCUCGCUCUCAACUUCUCUGUUUUCUAUUACGAAAUCCUGAACUCCCCAGAACGAGCGUGCCACUUGGCAAAGCAAGCGUUUGACGAGGCCAUUGCCGAGCUCGACAGCCUUAACGAGGAGUCUUACAAAGACAGCACCCUUAUCAUGCAGCUUCUAAGGGAUAAUCUCACAUUGUGGACCUCAGAUCUUCCAGAGGAAGGAGGUGAACAAUCUAAAGGCAAUGAGCCUCAACCCGAGAGCUGAUGAUGGGCAAGUGCGGUGCAAGGAGCUGAUCGUUCAAGGCGAAUUCAGAGAAUCCGAAUCCAGACCUUGCGUGCUCUGCCAAGGCAUUGGCAGAUGGGAACGAGUGGCUCGUGCUUCGGUUCCUUUAGCAUCGCUGAAGAAUUUUAUCAUCAUUUGUACUCUUUUCUUCUAUCGUGUUUCUGUUUCUCCUUCAAGUUUGGAUCUGGAAAACUUCUGUUACCAUGUCAUAUGGGUUUCUGUUAUUACCAAGAAAUUGCUUUCCAUCAGUGAAAAUUGUGAUA